AUGGCCAGCUCCGUUCCUUCCAAGAUUCUCGUCAUCGGUGCGACGGGUGUGAUCGGAAAGUACAUUACAACGGCUAUCCUCGCCGCCAAGCCCCGGCUCAGCUCCUUGUCACACAUCUCUAUCCUGACGUCUCCCGGAACGGCGUCGAACCCGGCAAAGCAAGCCUUGCUGUCCUCCUGGAAGUCACAGGGCUUGACAGUCAUCACGGGCGACAUCAACAGCGCCGACGACGUCCGCAAAGCCUAUAAGGACGUUGACACGGUGGUGUCGUGUCUAGGCCGCACUGGUCUUCUGGAGCAGAUCGAGCUGCUACGCCUUGCCGAGGAGAGCGACAGCGUGCAGUGGUUCUUCCCGAGCGAAUAUGGCACGGACAUCGAGUAUGAUGAGACCAGCAAGGACGAGAAGCCGCACCAGAACAAACUCAAGGUCCGGAAGUUCAUCCGAGAGAACGUCAAGAAGGUUAAGAUCACAUACGUAGUCACUGGACCAUAUGCAGACAUGUUUCUGGAAUACAAACCCGGAGCCGAGGCUGGUGGUGGUUACGACUGGAAGAAGAAGAAGGCGGUGCUCAUUGGGGAAGGUGAUGACAGGAUCGGAUUCACGACCAUGCCGGAUGUCGGAAAGUUCGUGGCGGCUGCACUGGCGAGCCCGCAGGCAUCGCAGGGAAGGAUCUUGAGGGUGCAGUCAUUUGUGCGGACGCAGAGCGAUAUCCUGGCCGAGUUUGAGAAGCAGACAGCAUCCAAGUUUGAGGUCAAGUACACAUCCAAGGCUGAGCUCCGAGAAACGGAAAAGAGACUCUGGGACGAAGGGAACCCACUAGCAACCGGUUUCACACUCAGGAGAAUCUGGUCCGACGGGAAGACGCUGUACGAGAAGACGGACAACGAGCGUCUGGGCGUCAAACCGGAUGACUUGGAGCCUCUGAGUGCUGUGGUUGAGCGGGCGGUUAUGGGAAAGGGCUAUUGA